UAAUAGCUGGGCAUGCAAGGCAGCUCAGAGAUAGGCCCAAGGCCCCAGCUAGAUGGGACAGCGCGCAACAAUGGAAGAAUUACACGAAGCUGCGAUGGCUUAUUAUUCCAAUGCUCCGAUAGAGCUUCAAAGACUGGCAUGGAACUUCUACCUCUCACUGGACACAGACGGCGAUGGCCAAGUCAGCUUUACGGAGUAUAUCAACUUCCUCCAGAAAUCCUACACAUGGAUACGCCCCAACUUCUUCAUGGACCUGGACCGCAACGGCGAUGGCAGCUUGGAUUUCUGGGAGGUCCUCACUUUAUACUACGCCGUCAAGACCCGGGGCGGCGUCUGGUGCCAAGCGUGUCAAUCUUGCCUUGUCGGACUGUAUUUCACCUGCGUUGCAUGCUUUGAAAGUGGGUCCAAGACUUAUGAUCUCUGCCCUACCUGCUAUAAACGGAAGAGGUUCAGUCACCAGCAUGGCUUCUUCUUGGAUAACCAUGUUCUUCUUCGCUCCAAGAGAGGUCUUCCUUCUGGUUCUAUAAACUUGAUUCAGGCAGUCGCUCCACGACCAGCAUACAUGAAUUAUCCACCUACUAUGGUACGAAAAGGUGACAAUGGAUCGAUGGCAGCAUUUCACGCAUUUGAGAUGGGGCUUGCUAUGGAUAAAUCUCGUAAUGGUAGUACUCAUGCUAAUACUUGUAGCAUCAUGUGAUGCGAGUACGUACGAGGUAUAGAUCUACAAGAAGCUAGCUAGCUAGGACAUGCAGCAAUGCAGAUGGCCAGUUGUGUUUCAAUAAAUAAUAAUGGUCAUGGCCAAGAUAUAUAUAUAUAUAUAUAUAUAUAUAUAUGUAAUAAUUAAUACUACUGGGACAUGCAAUUAAUAAUUUAUGUGCUUCUUAAUUAAUAUUCCCUUUGUACGUA